AUGCACACUUCUUUCAGACUACUUCUUCUUAUUGCAGGAAUCUGCAUCGCAGAUGUUAACACCAUUACCACUUCAUCAACUUCAGGUUGCAAUGCAGAUAAUUGUUAUCGUGCAGUUAGUGGAGACUUUCGUGGACCUUUUCAACAAGCUAUAGCAUAUGAUGAUUGCAUCAAGUACGUGAAAAACUUCUGCACAGUCGAUAUUAUUAAUAUCACUGUUACAUCUACCAUCUUGACAACAAUUACCGAAGUAUCUACCGUGGGAAAGAGAGCGGUAGCAACAACUACCUUUUCACUUCCAUCAUACGCUAGUGCUUGCUCAAACGAAGCUCGUUAUUCGAGUGCGUGUUCAUGUUGGGGAAUUUUACCUGACACCGUUACCGAAACUAUACCUACAUACACAACCUUCACUACUUCCACCGUUACCACCGGACUUCCUCCAGUCUGCCCCACAGGCAAAGCCCUCAUGAAAGAUGCCCUCAACUGCGGCUCCUGCGGCUACAUCUGUGAUACCGGCUAUUGUGAACACGGCACUUGCAACACCAUUCACUGUACUCCCACCAAAUGCGAAGAAGGCAUCAAACCAUGCGCUGUCGAUUCGACUUGUUUCUGUUUCAAUACCAUUACAGGCCUUGGUUUCUGCGGUGAAAAUGUUGGAUGUGCUGAAGCUAAAGAUUGUUAUGAUGAUGGAGAUUGUCCAAAUGCUUAUGUCUGUGCUUGGGAUACAUGUUGUGGAAAUAAUGUUUGUGUGCUUGGGAAUUGUCCAAAUCCGGCGGCGAAAUUGAUUAGAUCGGUGCAGAGAAAGAGAGAUGCAUUGAUAGGAGAUACGGCGGCUUAUAUGGCGGGUUGA